CCUUGAGCCGUGGGGGACGAGGGCCUGUCAGUCAUGUAGCGAGCUCCGCCUCUUCCGGGCCUGUGAGGCUGGGCCGCCGCCUCCCGUCCUCCUCCUCUUGCUCGCUCGUUUGCUCUCUCCCUUUUGUGAGUUAUAGCAACCGUUGCCUUGUGAAUCAAGCGCCAUAGUCACCGUAGUCCUGGCGACUGUUACCCAUCAACAACAACGGCUCCUCUCCACCACCACCUCCUCCUCCUGCUGCUGCUGCUCCUCCUCACCCCCAUCCUCACCCCCUUCCUCAUCAUCACCCACAACAACAACAACAACAUCCACCAGCAAGAGCAACACUACCACAGCCCUCCACAGCCCAGAUAGUGAGGAUGGCUACUGGCUUGGACUUGCAAAUUGCUUAGCGACCAGAGGCAGAAGUGGCUCAGCUGCAUUAGAGGAAGAUGCUUGGAGCUGGGACAGAACUGCUGUGGUGAGAAUUGGUUCUCUUGCCCACUUCCUGAUAUAGAAGUCUCACUGAACAUUCUGGAUAUUGGAUUGUAUAUGAACAAGAACGGCUUUGAAGUUGAAUCUAAAGGGCCAUCCUAUCUGUUUCUGACAAUUACAGAAUUCUUUUGAAUUAAAGUGUGACUGGUGGAGUUCCAUCCAGUCUCUUCUAAAAAAGUGUAGCAUGGAGAAACCAUAUUCCUGUUAAGAAGUAUGCCAAUACUCAGCCUAGAUUUGAAUCUAUUGCUUCUUUGCUUCAUUCCAUUGGCUCAGAAGCCACAAUGCAGACGUCAGAGACUGGGUCGGACACAGGUUCGACAGUGACUUUACAGACUUCUGUAGCUGGCCAAGCAGCCGUGCCCACACAAGUGGUACAGCAGUUACCAGUACAGCAACAGGUUCAGCAAGUGCAAACUGUACAACAGGUACAGCAUGUUUAUCCAGCCCAGGUGCAGUAUGUGGAAGGAAGUGACACAGUCUACACAAAUGGAGCUAUACGAACAACUACGUAUCCUUAUACAGAAACUCAGAUGUACAGCCAAAACACUGGGGGGAAUUACUUUGAUACCCAAGGAAGUUCUGCACAGGUGACAACAGUGGUCUCUUCUCAUAGUAUGGUGGGAACUGGAGGCAUUCAGAUGGGUGUCACUGGAGGACAGCUUAUCAGCAGCACUGGAGGUACCUACCUGAUUGGCAAUUCAAUGGAAAAUUCAGGCCAUUCAGUGACUCACACAACACGAGCCUCUCCAGCUACAAUUGAAAUGGCGAUUGAGACACUACAAAAGUCUGAUGGUCUGUCCACUCACAGAAGCUCUCUUCUCAACAGCCAUCUCCAGUGGCUUUUAGACAACUAUGAAACAGCAGAAGGAGUGAGUCUGCCCAGAAGCACCCUCUACAACCAUUACUUGAGACAUUGUCAAGAGCAUAAACUGGACCCAGUCAAUGCUGCCUCUUUUGGAAAACUAAUAAGGUCAAUUUUCAUGGGCCUAAGGACCAGGAGAUUGGGAACCAGGGGGAACUCCAAAUAUCAUUACUAUGGGAUUCGUGUCAAGCCAGACUCUCCUCUUAAUCGUCUACAAGAAGACAUGCAAUAUAUGGCUAUGAGACAGCAGCCCAUGCAGCAAAAACAAAGGUACAAGCCUAUGCAGAAAGUGGAUGGGGUCACAGAUGGUUUCACAGCAAGUGGACAGCAGACAGGUGCAUCUGUUGAACAAACUGUAAUUGCUCAAAGUCAGCAUCAUCAACAGUUUUUGGAUGCAUCUCGAGCACUUCCAGAGUUUGGGGAAGUUGAAAUCUCUUCUUUGCCAGAUGGUACUACUUUUGAGGAUAUCAAGUCAUUGCAGAGUCUGUAUCGAGAGCACUGUGAGGCUAUAUUGGAUGUUGUAGUGAACCUUCAGUUUAGCCUAAUAGAAAAAUUGUGGCAAACUUUCUGGCGCUAUUCUCCUUCAACAACAACCGAUGGCACUAUUACUGAACCAAGCAAUCUGAGUGAAAUAGAAAGUCGACUUCCGAAAGCAAAGCUGAUUACUCUGUGCAAAAAUGAGUCAAUUCUGAAAUGGAUGUGUAACUGUGACCAUGUGAUGUACCAGGCUUUGGUGGAGAUACUCAUUCCUGACGUCCUUAGACCUAUUCCUAGUGCCUUGACCCAAGCCAUUCGCAAUUUUGCAAAAAGCCUUGAAGGUUGGCUUUCCAAUGCCAUGAACAAUAUUCCACAGAGAAUGAUUCAAACCAAGGUUGCCGCUGUAAGUGCCUUUGCUCAGACUCUGCGAAGAUACACAUCUCUUAAUCACCUGGCUCAGGCGGCUCGUGCUGUGCUGCAGAACACUUCUCAAAUCAACCAGAUGCUCAAUGACCUCAACCGUGUUGAUUUUGCCAAUGUCCAGGAGCAGGCUUCCUGGGUGUGCCAGUGUGAUGACAACAUGGUACAGAGGUUGGAAACAGAUUUCAAGAUGACUCUUCAGCAGCAGAGCACUCUGGAGCAGUGGGCUGCCUGGCUUGAUAAUGUAAUGAUGCAAGCACUGAAACCAUAUGAAGGAAGGCCUAGUUUUCCUAAAGCAGCACGGCAGUUUCUAUUAAAGUGGUCCUUCUACAGCUCAAUGGUUAUUCGAGAUUUAACUUUGCGCAGUGCUGCUAGCUUUGGUUCUUUUCAUCUGAUCCGUCUAUUGUAUGAUGAAUACAUGUUUUACUUGGUAGAACAUCGAGUUGCUCAAGCCACAGGAGAGACACCUAUUGCAGUCAUGGGAGAGUUUGGUGAUUUAAAUGCUGUGUCCCCUGGAAAUAUGGACAAAGAUGAAGGCAGUGAAGUUGAAAGUGAAAUAGACGAAGAGCUGGAUGAAUCUGGAGAGCCACAAGCAAAGAGAGAGAAGACUGAAAUAAGCCAGGCCUUUCAGGUGGGCUGCCUACAGCCGGUACUCGAGAGUGGAGUACAGCAGAGCCUCCUGAAUCCUCUUCACAAUGAGCACAUUGUUACAGCUACUCAAACUAUAAGACAAUGCAGUGCUACUGGAAAUACAUAUACUGCAGUCUAACAAUUAUUAAAGCUACUUUUUCAAAUUAUAUUAGCCCUGUUGAUGUUGGGCUUAUCAUGGGGGAGGGGAGGGAUGCAAAAAAAGAAGUCUGAAGGUUGACUGUUGUCAAAUUUUAUCUGUGCUUGAACGCUACUUUUACUGGAGUUGUGAAAUGGAAUGGGUGUAUGUAUUUUGCCAGGUCUCUUUUGGAAAAAAAUAAAUUGGUAAAUACAAUCAUUUUACACUGGCCGCUUAAUAUUAAAAGUUUUUUUAGUUUCAAGAGUCCAGAAGGGUUUUUGCAAAGCUUAAUGUUAAUGUUUUUGUCCUCUUUAUAAUUAAAAGUAAUUUAAUUUUUUCAUAGUUUUUACAAAAUAUUUUAAUGUUAACUGUUAGUCAUGGUGAUUUUGUAUAAAUGGAUUUUUUUAAAUUAAAUGCACUCUGAAAUAUCAAAAAAUCUUUGUUGAUUUACACUGGAGGCAUAUUCAUUUGACAGCUGCUGCAUUAGUUACUAUAAAAAGGCAGCCUUCAUUGGAGAGAACUGGAAGAUGCUAUUUUGAUAUAUUUCAGAGUGUUCAGGGGAUUGGAAAUUUUAUUAUAAUGCUAGAUGCUUGAGAACAUAGACUGUCUUCUUUCUCACAGGAAGAGCUAUUAUAAUGAUUGCAGGAUAAAAAAGAGCUCUGAUAACAAAUGGAAAUGUGUACUUAAUAAAUGUACAUAUGACUCCAUCACAGACAGUGCAAGUUUCCUUAUAAAAAUCAGUUUUAGUUAUUUUUUAAACAACUCCACUCUUUUAGGACUACUGAUUUCAGGGACAGUCUGGCCAAAUGCUGACUCUUCACAGCCUCCAUUCAUUUAUGUAAAGCUUGUGCAAGAUUCAAACCAAACCAUACAUAUGAUGCAAAACAAGGGUAAAACCACAUUUUAAAUGAUUGGAGAUUGUGUUUCUGUAGCGCUUGGUGGAUUGUGUGCCUCAUAAACAAAUGGGACCACUAUGUAGAUGGUUUCUGCUCUUCAGUGGGACUACAGAUGUUAGAUACUGAAGCUAAAAAAGUAUCUUUUUAGUCUGUGCUACUUAUGCUGAAUUGGACAUGCAGGAAACCAUUCCUUUCAGAUGACUUUUUUAUUCCAUGUCCUUUUCCUCUUGAUAGGUCAAUCUGCUGCUCUUGUUAAAGAUAAAUUAUUGGAUGCAAGGAAUGUAGCAACCUGCAUUGUAAUUUUGCUCAAAAUAAUUCCUAGUUCUUAAGUGGAUUUCAUUUCUACAUAAAAUGUUAAGAGACAGUGAAACUGGCACAUGUCACUUGUACUUAUUUCCCAGUUGCAUAGAAUUGAAUAGGUGGCUAGACGGACCAUUGCCAUUUAAGAAUGUACAUCAGGGAUCAUUGUACCUCGGCUAUUACAUGGUGCCUUAAAACAGAACUGAAGCUAAGAUUUUCUUGUUAAUAACUCUUACAUUGAUUCAACAAAGUGUGCCUGUCUUCUCUUCCUCCCCCUGCUUUCAAAUUCCCUAACUAGUAAGGGCAGGUUACAUCAAAAAUCAAGAUUUUUUAUUAGAUAGUUUUAAUAUCCCUCUUAGAGUGACAACCUAUUUCUUAUUUAUAGCUGAAUUUCACUUUAUUACUAAUCAGAUUUUCUUGGCUGGGGGGGAGUGGGUAAAAAAAAAAACUAGCUUUAACAUAACAAGAUCAACAGAAUAGGUUAGCCAACUCCCAAACAAGAAUUAAUGCAUGUUUUCCUAAACCCCUUUAUUUCUUUUUUUUUUUACUUUAAAAAGCAAAGUAAGCAAAUUUUAAAAAACAAGCAUAUAGUUUCAAUUUGUGCAUAUGUGGGGGGUCAGUCUACUAUUUCAUUUAAUGGUUAAAUCAUAUUUUAUUUUCUCUUGAAUUUUAAUCAGCAUGUCAUAUAUGUAAUGGAUUAAGCAUUUUUUUUUGUCUAAAAGAUACCUUGAUAAUCCUUAGUUUGAUUUAAACAAACCAAAAAUGAAGGAAAGCACAAAGAAAAUUUUUCGGACUAUAGAAAGGCCUUUGUAAAAGAAGAAAAUAUGAGGCCUUGUUGCCAGUUGUGUGAAAGAUUAUCUUUAAAGUUGCAGUCACCAAAUGCUUAAACAGCAUGUGAAAACAGUGGUAUAUUUAUUGCUCACAGAUUUGAUCCUAGAUUUCUCAUGUUUCAAGAAUAUCUAAAGACUUUUUUAAUUUGAAGAUUUCUGUUUCUAAAAUAAGCUUUAAGAAUUUGCAUUAAAUUGUGGAAUUUUGAGGCCCACUGGCAGCAUAGACACGGCUAGAUGAUGUGUCUAGUAAUCCCUGCCAUUCUUAUGCUGGUAUUCCAUUAUCAUUUUGUUUUCUUUGUUAUUUAAAUGUGUUCUUAUUUUUUUCCUCAAAAUCCAUCACGUCUGUACCCCUCACCAAUUCUUUUUUAAAAAGUAAGCUGUGAUAGUUAUUCCCUCUCAUUGUGCAUUAUGAAAUGUUUACACUUAAAUACAGUGAAAUUAAAUGUAAAAACAAAAACUUUUCAGCAUCGUUUUUUAAGGCUUUGGUAAGGAUGUUCUGUAUUAGAUGAAAGUUAUUUACUGGGUAUAAUCCUUCGUUAUGGCAAACUUGUUUGAUUUUUAUCAUUGUUCUUGUUAUAAAUGUUUGCUUUUCUUUUUGCAGAGUAAUGAUUAUGAUUAUAACAUGCAAAUAUAGUUUUGUUAGAGAGGCAAGGCUUUGUAAACCCUCUCCAACCUCUCCCCAAGUUGAUCACUGUAUUCAAUGUGCCAAAAAGGUUGAUUUAAAAUCACAUCCGUAUUUCAUACUCCACUACAAUAAUGGUAUUCUGGUCUGCAGUGGAACUGUUCAAAUAAGAUGAACCUUGGCAGACAAAUAUUGUCCCAAAUGCAUCCAAAAUGUCCCAUAAUACAAACAGAUUGAAGGAAUAGCAGAACAGAUUAAUCUUAAUUUCAGAUUUUAAUUUAGUUCAGUGGUAGUUGUUAAUUUUUCCUUUUUGUUAUAAGUUAAGUGUAUUAGAAACAGGUAAUACAAUAUUUGAGUCCUAUGGCACCCCAACCCUAUUCCUAGAGGCUUUUGGAUAUAGUCAGUAAGCCACAUGACAUUGAGUAGCAUUCUGGUAUUAUGCUACUUGUUGUGCCUAUAUGUUCAUACCAAUCCUUUAAAGCUUUUCUUUUUGCAUUGUUUUAAGUUAUGUAUAAGGGCCAGGAUUCAGAUUCUUCACAAAUAUGUGCCCAAGUGCUUCUAUGCACACAUAUCAGGUUCAGGGCUUUUCUAAUUUCUUUUUCCAAGUGCAGCUUCUUUUUGCUGCAUUGGAUGCUGCCUCUGAGAUCCUUUGACUUUGGGGACAGGAGUUAAAAGAGCUAUGGUGUAUUCAUAGAUGAUCCUGGAUACAGCUGUAAAAAAAUAAUCACUAUUCCACUAUCUUACAUUGCAUAAAAUAAAAUGUUGCCUGAGUACCAAUGAGGCUACUGACUUAAUUGAAGCACUUUUGUGGACACUGCAGAAGAAAGGACUCAUAAGAUUUGUGUGUAACCUGUCUUUUAACCAUUAGUUUGAAAAAAGAUUACUUUUUAAAAUAAAAAAAUUAAAACU